AUGAUUCUAGGUAUUGGACUUGUCAUUGGGUUUAGAGAUGGUGUUGCUCUAGCAAAUGCUUACGGUGCGGUUGUUAUCUGGGUAAUGAUCAUUACAACGUGUUUGACAACGUUGGUGAUGCUGCUCGUUUGGGACACACAUGUUCUUCUCAUACUAAUGUUUUUCGUGCCUUACAUACUGAUUGAAGGUGUCUUUAUGACAUCCUUGCUCACCAAAAUCCCACAAGGAGGAUGGGUUCCAUUUGCUAUCUCGGCUUUCUUCUUGACAGUCAUGUUCUCCUGGUUAUAUGGAAGGAGUAGGAAGAAUGCAUAUGAAGCCGAUAGGAAGAUGAGCUUGGGUGAACUGAACCAAAUGCUAGCAAGAAAUACAGUUUAUCGAGCACCCGGAACUUGCUUCUUCUAUACUAAUCUUGUCAAUGGGAUUCCACCCAUCAUCCGGCAUUACAUUCAGCACACAAGUUCUGUGCAUGAAACCAUGGUGAUUGUAACUUUUAGAACACUCCCAGUCAAAAAGGUUCUACCAGAGGAAAGGUUUAAUGUUGGAAAACUGGGAAGUGAUGGGGUUUAUAGGUGUUUGGUUCAGUUUGGUUACAAUGAUUCACAGAGCAUUGCAGUUGCCGGAGAUGAAUUUGUUGCUUCAGUGCUGGCAAAACUCAAAGAGCAAACUGAAACCACCGAAGAAAUAGAAAGACUAGAUUCAGCAGCAGAAAAGGGAGUUGUUUUUGCUAUAGGCAGGACAAUUCUGAAGACAAACCCGAACAGUGGAUGGUUUGUUCGAUUCAUAAUAGAUUACCUGUACAGAUUUCAGCAGAAAAACUGUAGGCCUGAACUUUCCAUACAUGAAGUCCCACCAGGAACGACCUUGCAAGUCGGAAUGCUUUAUGAAAUUUAGUAGGCAAAUUGCAG